AUGGCGACGACAACAAUGACCACGACCAUGAAGACCACGACCAUGAAGACCACCCCAGGAACUAUUCUCCUCCCACCAACACCACCUCAGACACCACCUCUAGAAGCUAAGAAAUCAACAAUUCCCACCUUCCACUCCCCCCUUCCUGCCCCCUAUGGCACCAGAACUGAGUACUUCGAAAAACCACCACAACAACCACCUAAAGCAUCAACCCUCAACCUCCUCUCCCCGGCCCUUCCCAUCCCAGCCUCUCUCUCAACCACAUUCGCCUUCGAAAAAGCACCACCUGCCUCACAACCCUCCCAGUCCCUCCUCGCCGCCUCAGCCCGCCUCUCAGCUCUAGGAUGGAAAUCUCGUUCACGUCAAGGUCCGCAAGGAGAUUGUCGCUUGCUCCAAAAACCCAACCAUUCGCUGGCGAUUCCCACGUUACUUCCUGGUGGCGUGCCUUCGGUUAUCGUGCAUGGUCCGAAGUGCGAGUGUAGGAUAAGGGAAGAAAAGACAGAAAAGGUUGGGGAUGAUGAGUUGGUGGCCAGGGUUUCGACUCUGGCACGCAAAGCGGUGGUAAGGGAACGGGUUGAGGAGGUGAGAAUGUUGAAGGAACGGGAACGAAGGAGACGUGAGAAGAGAGAAAGGAGUACAGGGAGGAGGAAGAAGGGAGUUUUUGGAUGGAGGGUUGAGAUACCGAGGGAGGUAUCGCGGUUUUUUGGCAGCGGGUCUACAACCUCGCUGUCCGAUUCCGAUUCCGACUCAAACUCCGAAACAACAACAUCCCGUACCAGCGGUGACAAUCAUAAGAUCACCGACCUGUGCCUAGCCUGCUCAAACCUCGACAUCGACAAAAUCUUCGCUCACUUUUUCACCAACUCGAACACCGCCACCAACACCAACCAGGUCCCUGUGCCAAUCAACGGCCGCUGCACCAUCACUUCUUCCGAAUCAGAAAACGCUCAACCAGUUGAAACCACACCCCUAUUUUCCGCCCUACGAUCGCCCCUCUUUGCGACUCGUCCCAAGUCCCAAGUCGCUAUUCUGGGACUCCUCCUCGACCUCGGCGCGGACGCAAAUGCUUCCGUCUCUCUCCCGCCUCUGUCUUUCGCCUCCAUCGAUCUCUCCAACCAAGCGCAACAGGGAAGGAUUACUGCAUUAAGCACAGCCUGUAUUUUAGGCAACCCACGAAUUGUCGCUCUCCUCCUCCAACACGGUGCAAAGGUCGAUGCAAAGGAAACUAGCCUCCCCCUUAGCGUCAGUGGAAAAUGGGGAAAGGGUCUCAGCGCAUUAGAUGUCGCCAUUCUAGCAGGGCAAGAAACGAUUGUGGAAGUUUUGCUUAGAAGCGGAGCCAACGUAACGGGGAGUUGUGAGGUGUUCCUCCCUGUGCAGGUACCAACCAAGUUGGCGGGUACAAUUGGUGGACGACCAAGGAUGAGGAUGAGGAGUGCGUCUACUGCCAACUUCCAUUCAGAGUCCAGGAAACAACAGCUGCAACAGCAAUACCAGGGACUCGGAUAUGGACUCGAAGCGCAAGAGCCGCAAUGGCCUGCCCCACUUCCAGUCUCCAGAAAAACGACAAGGCUCUCGGGAGUAACGCCCCUCCACCUAGCCUGCAUGUCCCUCUCUGGCCAAGGACAUCUCGGCAUAGCUUCAAUGAUCCUCUCAUCGCCCUACAGCAAAGCCGACACCAAUGCUCGGACUUCCGACGGCCGCACCUCGUUACACUACGCUGCUGAGUCACUUCACUUGGAAGUAACUUCUCUCUUGCUCUCAGACCACCGCACCGAGACGGACGCGACGGACGAUGACGGUGCUACACCAUUGGCUCUUCUUGUUGGAAGACUUGAGCGUGUUGGUGCCAGCUCCAGGACAGGGGAAGAGGUAGUAGAGUUAGUCCGCCGUCUACUAAGAGCCGGAGCGAACGCGGGAGUUCGGUAUACAACAGACUUAAGUCUGAAAGCGAGGCUUUUGGCCAUGGACGACGGUCAAGGACAAGGCAAGAAAUGGGGGACGUUAUUUGACGAGGAUGGAAGGGGAGUAUUGAGAGGGAGUAUGAAGAGACGGACUUUCUAG